ACCCAUCAUCAAUCCCUUUCCUUCACUCUGCAAUUGUCCGUUUCACCCAAAUCCACCAUUUCAUCAUCGCUUUUAUCUAAUCUUUCAUUCCCGUGCCGUGCCGUCCCCUUCAUUCUCUGCAGCUCGUUCGUUUUUCCUCGGUCUUCUCUCCUUUACGUACGUGAAGGAGUAGUGCCACUGCGAGUACGAUUACCUGUUCAAGAUCGUGUUCAGGAAAAACAGACGGAAUUGUGAUUGACAUUGAAGUGGAAUUCAUGAGUGAUGGCGGUUAGGGUGGAUCACGAGUACGAUUACCUGUUCAAGAUCGUGUUGAUCGGCGAUUCCGGCGUCGGGAAAUCAAAUAUUCUCUCGCGUUUUACCAGAAACGAGUUCUGUUUGGAGUCCAAAUCAACCAUCGGAGUUGAAUUCGCCACCCGAACUCUUGAGGUAGAGGAGAAGACAGUGAAGGCCCAAAUUUGGGACACAGCCGGGCAGGAGAGGUACCGAGCAAUUACAAGCGCAUACUACAGAGGAGCUGUGGGGGCGCUCCUUGUGUACGACAUUUCCAAGAGGCAGAGCUUCGACAACAUUCAAAGAUGGCUGCGUGAGCUGAGAGAUCAUGCAGAUUCCAACAUUGUGAUCAUGAUGAUCGGAAACAAAUCUGACCUCGUACGUCUAAGGGCAGUGAGUGAGCAGGACGGGCAGUCAUUGGCAGAGAAGGAAGAGCUCCUAUUCCUCGAAACUUCUGCGCUGGAAGCGCGCAACAUCGAGAAGGCGUUCCAGACCGUAUUGUCGGAGAUAUACGGCAUCAUCAGCAAAAAGGCGCUGGCAGCACAAGAAGCUGCUGCUAAUAUCGCCCCUCAAGAGACUCAUUUCCUCCUCUCAUCGCGCUGCCUCAGUCGACCACGCAUUCUACGAGCACCGAAGACGACAUCUCUAGCCACGCCCGUUGCUGUUAAACACAGUAGUUGUCUCCGCCCUUGAUUUCCCUUAUAUUACACCUCUGUAGUUGACGACCGUUGCCGCCUACAUCUCUAGCCGCAGCCGAAGCCGCUUCCACCCUUGAUUUCCCUUCUAUUUACACCUUCAGAGUUGACGACCGCCGACGACAACAUCUUUGGCUGCGCCAGCCGUCGUCAAACAUGAUUGCCACCUCCGCCCUCAGUUUCCCUGUCGUGUAAGGUAGGGGAAGGGGGAAGGGGGAAAGGUAGGGUUGAU